UAUAUUUUCUUUCUGCAGGGUGAGAAUAAUGGUUCUCUACCAUUUUGUGAGAAGAGUGAGGAUGCUGUAUGCUCACUUUCUCACAACCAAGGUGAUAAUGACAAUCUGCAGUGCUCAGCAAAUGAUUAUGCUGCAGACUCUUCCACUGCUCUCCUAUCUAGUAUGUUGAAAUGGUGGCGGUUGUGGGAAGAGCAAGGUGUAACCUUGUUAUUAGGGGUACAAGGAAGAGAUGCUUCUGCCUUACAUGACCACUUUGCAUCUCAUCAUGAUGAACUGCUAAAGAUAGAGAAUAAGUUGCAGGGAAUCAUCAAAAAGAAAACACAAACUCAGACCCCACACUCCUCUGGCCGUUCAUCAUUGAGUGGUGUCCUGGGAAGAUCAAGAAGUUCAUCACGGGAACCUUCUUCAACCAGGUCUUCGCUAAGUAGGCCUAGAACUCCUGGCUCCCAUGUAUCACAGCUUAUCUCUAAAUUUGAAACUGCUAGUCCAUCCACAAGCCCAGUACCUUCUGAGCUAAGUGAAAGGUUGAGCAGAUUAGUUGACUAUAAUAGUAAUGUCUCCAAAGAGGUGGACAGGACUGGUCAGUGCUCUCCAACUUCCAGUGUCGAUUCCAGUUCUAGAAAAUCACCUGUCAUUUUUAAAAAUAUGAGGGAGUGUAAGAUUCAAAGGAAACAGAAAUCUUUUGAAGCAGAAUUAUGCUUGGAAGAGAUAAAUAUCAGUGAGGGGGUCAGUGAAGAGGAAACUGAUGACAUUCCUAAAGAUGUUUAUGCCAAAGCAAGAAACUAUGACUCAGCAUCUCCUGCUGAUAACCAAAAUGUAACUCAGGAAAACAGGCUAGUAGAUACAGAAGGUGAACAGGUAGUAGAAAGUGAUGGUGUAUUACUGAAAAUAGGUCUUGAUGCUGAGGAUGAAACAGUAAAAGAAUUAAGUGAAGAUAUAAAUGAGAAAGAUGAAGUGGUUGAUGUGCAAUUUGAGGGCAUACGAAGUGAAGGUGUGUUCAGAAAUGGCAUUACAGUGGAGGUGGACCUGGAAUCAGAUAUUUACGUGGAAAACAGCCAGUUGAUGAGACUGAUGAAAGAAGUGAAAGAGCAGAAACUCCUCAUUGAAGAUCUUAGGUGCCAGUUGUGUGUGGCAGAGGAAGAGAAAGAAACUCAUACCACAUAUCUUUCUCGCAUUCAUCGUCUUCUGCUGAGCGUCACUUCUGAGACAUAUAGAUGGACGGAGGGAGUGAGGAAGGAGUGGCUGUCGAGGGUACCUGGCGUGAGUGAGGAGGGCGCUGCGGACCCCCUGCGGAGCACGGAGCCCCUGGACGACGGGCCCCUCACAGGGACACACUCCAGGGAGGAGAUUGAGUCCCUGAUCCGGGCGAGAUGUGACCUGGGGUGCCCGCCCUCGAAGGAUGACCUCGCUAAGGAAUAUGUGAAUCCAGAGAAUUUAGCAGCAGAGCUCGAGCGGGAGUUGCUGGCUCUAAAGCUCCACGUGGCUCGCUCUCAUGCCCUUCUCCAUCACUAUCAGAGCUCGAGUCUCUAUGGCAGCAGGAGCGAGGUGUCCACGCCCCCCGCGCCGCCUCUGCGCCAGACACAAGAGAUGGCUUCACAAGUACUUGGUCAUCAGAGAGCUAAUAAUUAG